AUGCCUUUUUCCUCGCAAGAGCCAAUUCCAAAAGUAUUUGUAUGAUCCAACCACUAAAUUUGACUCGAAGCCAAACUCAUCACUUCCUGCAAAAACAGACAUGGUUUCAUCAACAUUAGCUCCACAACCUUCCUGGUUCACUGCCAAAAGGUUACUAGCCAUAUUCUGUAUAAUCAACUUGCUAAAUUAUGUGGAUCGCGGUGCUAUAGCGAGCAACGGUGUUAAUGGGAAGCACAGUGAGUGUACUAAGAGCGGUACAUGCUCUUCUGGCAGUGGAAUCCAGGGUGAUUUUGAUUUGAACAAUUUUCAGGAUGGUGUCAUAUCAUCUGCUUUCAUGGUUGGGCUUCUUUUGGCAUCUCCAAUAUUUGCUUCCUUAGCCAAGAGUGUUAAUCCGUUUAGACUUAUUGGAGUUGGACUGACAGUCUGGACCUUUGCUACUGCUGGUUGCGGCCUGUCAAUUAAUUUCUGGUCCAUUACCAUCUGCAGAAUGAUGGUGGGUGUUGGUGAGGCAUCUUUUAUAAGCCUUGCUGCUCCAUUCAUUGAUGACAAUGCCCCAGUUGAUCAGAAAACAGCAUGGCUAGGAAUAUUUUACAUGUGUAUACCAACUGGGAUUGCUGUUGGUUAUGUAUAUGGUGGAUUGGUUGGAAGUCUUCUUAAUUGGCGUUGGGCAUUCGGGAUAGAGGCAUUGCUGAUGCUUCCUUUUGCAAUUUUAGGUUUUGUGAUGAAGCCAUUGCAAUUGAAAGGAUUCUCGCACACCGGAUCAAAAAGACCAUUGACUUCUGUGCAGACAGAAGCAGUUGCUUCACCUUGUCAAGAUGGUUCAUUCCAAACAAGGAAUGAUUCCAUGGAUGAUUCAAAAAGUGCACCCGGAAUUUUGAACCAAUUGACAAGAUUUUGGAUGGAUAUGAAGGUGCUUUUGCUUGACGAGGUCUACAUCGUGAAUAUCCUAGGAUACAUAGCAUAUAAUUUUGUAAUAGGUGCAUACUCGUAUUGGGGACCAAAGGCUGGUUAUAACAUAUACCACAUGAACAAUGCAGAUCUGAUGUUUGGAGGUAUUACUAUCAUAUGUGGAAUAUUUGGAACCUUAGCAGGAGGUUUUGCUCUGGAUCGAAUGACUAACACGAUAUCCAAUGCCUUCAAGCUUCUUGCAGUGGCAACAUUUUUUGGAGCAAUAUUUUGCUUUGCUGCCUUUUGUUUUAAGAGCUUGUAUGUAUACAUCGCUCUUUUUGCCAUAGGAGAAUUGUUAGUAUUUGCAACACAGGCCCCGGUAAAUUAUGUCUGUCUGCACUGUGUUAAACCAAGUAUGAGACCAUUAUCUAUGGCUAUGUCCACUGUUUCCAUUCACAUAUUUGGUGAUGUGCCUUCCUCUCCUCUUGUGGGGGUUCUCCAGGAUCACACUAAUAAUUGGAGAGUUACUGCUCUAAUCCUCACAUCGGUUCUGUUUCUGGCGUCUGGAAUAUGGUUUAUAGGGAUCUUUCUUCAUAGUGUUGAUAGAUUUGAUGAAGAAAAUGAGCUUCAAGUUAGUGUUACUGACAGAUCAAACACGAUUCCACUACUUGGGGAGACAACUCAAAGUCUUUGAUAAACCUUUGUUUUCUCGUUUAUCAUUUCCUUUUGGGACUUGCAAAUUUGCUGUAUAAUUUCUUUGAUACUUAUCUAUCCUGUGUUUAGAUUCUGUUUAUGCAUCAAGGGAAGCUUCUUGUCUCUCUCCAGUGCAGUAAAACCAAACCUGGUGGUGAAAGGACCACAAUUUGGCUCAAAUCUUUUCUACUUCUCUUGUUAACUUUGUUGAAGAAAAAAUAAUAUUGAUAUUUUCGAA